UAAGCAUUACAAGCUACACUGGGACAAACUCAAUACUCGGCGAGCAUCCUUACGCUGAAGGCAGCAUACCAGCGAAUAUGUUGCGACGAAUUAUUAAGAACACUCUAUGUGUUCUCUUCAUUACACAUCUAGCAAUGACCGCAUGUCCUGAGAUCGUGCCACGUGCAGACUGGGGCGCAGUGGCCGCAGUUAGCAUCGUGGUCCUGACUUCCCUCCCGGUGCCAUACGUCGUGAUCCACCACACGUUUCUGCCCGGGUUCUGUAACACCAGUCAGACCUGUGAGGCCGCAAUGAGAAGCAUGCAGAACUACCACCAGAACACCAACCAAUGGCACGACAUCGGCUAUCAUUUCUGCAUUGGUGGUACAGGUAAGGUGUACGAGGGAAGAGGAUGGGACGUGGUAGGGACCCACACACCCAAGUACAACAGUAACAGUACUGGCAUCUGCUUCAUAGGCGAUUUUCGCACUGAGCUGCCGACACCGGAGAUGCUAUCCGCAGCCAAGUCUUUGAUAGAAUGUGGGGUGGAGCGCGGUUCCAUAUCACCAGAGUACAAACUUUUGGGACACAGCCAGACCCGAAACACUGAAUGUCCAGGCGCAGCACUUUUCAAUGAGAUCAAAACUUGGCCCCACUGGGACCCACUCAAUAACACCAGCAGCACUUAGCUCAAUCACAUAUCCGCCUCAAUCAACGCUCCUGCAGGGCCAAAUACAAAAAGUGAGGACACGACAUUGUAAGAAACAGAGACAUGAAAAUUAAACGACAAGAUUCGACAAUCUCAAAUAGGCCCACAGACGGAAUGGACAAAUGCCGUUCACCAAGACAUGACAACUAUUCCAGAGGAAGAUCAACUGGUAGGCCACGGAAGAGACAAUUCGAUCGGUGGCUUCUGCUUCUGAAGACUUCGCGCUGACCCUGACUCCUGUUAACUUUAAGUAAUAAUUUUAAAUAACUUAAAACGUAAUUAUAACACAUAUAGUAAUUGCAUCACUUAUAAAUCUAUAGCACGAUUAACUGAUAUGCAAAUGCUUGUAAGGAAUAACAAUCAAAACACUGGAUUAUUAAAGAGAUUACUAACUUCAUCCUCACUGAGAA